AUGUCCGAAAUGGUCUCCGCGGCGGUCGAAUCAGAAAAGAAAGACGAGCCGAUGAACCUCUCCCAGGUUUCUCCCAAGGCACAACAAGAAGCGUUUGGAUUCGCCAUGGCUAACAAUCCAAAUCCGACGCCUCCACCAUCGAGCGGCGCAGGAGAAAUCCCAGGCGAGCUCGGCGCUCUGAAUGAAACUAUCGGCGUUAGCGCGAGUAGUAUCGCCCCAGGCGAGCCAGGGAGCAACCCACACCCGCAAAGUCCAGUGUCGAUGGCACCACCGACGAUGCCGAUGGGGGGAAUGGCCCCGACGCCAGCUGGCCUCCCCGGCCAAGCGCCCAAGCAGACCUCCGAGCUCGCAAAAAUCCUCGGCAACAAGGAAAUGUCCCAGCUGGAGAAGAUGUCCCGCCUCCACUCCAACAACCCAACGCCCUAUUCCAACAGUGGCAACAUACCAAUGAGUCACUCUCAGAGUCCGGGAAUGAGUCCCCAAAUCUCCGGAAGCCCCCAAAUUCCCAAUUCUACCAUGUCCCCCACCCCUGGAAACCCAGGAAUGACCAGAGCAAAUGGACCCGCCGGCAUGAUGCCACAGGGAAUGCAUGGCAUGCACCCAGGCGGACCAGGCUUCGGCCAGCAGUUUGGAAACUUUCCUCCUAAUCAUCCUGGCAUGAUGGGCCAGGGAACCAAUUUCAGGUUCCCUCCUGGUCCAAUGCGCCACCCUGGUCCGGGCUUUGGCGGCCCGGAUCAGUCCCACAUUACAAGCCCCGCGUCAACCCCGCCGGUAGUUGAACCAACGAAGCCCUCCGCCAAGAGAAAUCGAAGACCUUCGCGGAAGAAUUCUAGAGAUGGAGCAGAAGAAGAAGGCCGCGCUAAGAAACGAGGAAAGAAGGAUCCCAGCGAAGGACCUCCGAAGCGCAAGCGUCCGCCAAAGAAGACCGCUGUUGGAGGUGUCAUUGAAGGGCACAUGUAUAUGUUCUCUACUGAAAUGCUAAACGACGCUGCCAAGGGGCUCGACUCGCCGAAGAUGGCCAAUCUAGUGCAAUAUCACCAGUCAAAGUACACAGGAAAUCAGCCUCAACGAAUCCAGCCGAAGAUGACGCCCAACACAACUCCUCCUGUUCCGUCAGCCUCGCAACUGGGCCACAUGCCCGGGCACCAGAGGCCAAUGCCUCAUCACAGGAUGUCGCCAGGUAUGAACCCGCACAUGGCGAAUCCGAUGUCGCCGAUGAAUCCUGGUGGAAUGUCUCCUGGUAUGGGCAAUCACGUGAUGUCGCCACUUGGGCCACAUCGAGUUCCAACUCCGCAACAAGAUGGUCGUCCAAUAACGCCCGGCUCGACCUCGUCGCGCAUGGGGAUAGGUCCGAAUCCACCUGCGUCGCCUGCACUCUCGCAGGAUGCCAGGAUACCACAGUCCCCAGCGCCAGUGCCUUCACCGAUGGCGGCGCAAUCGACGACCCCGACGCCGGCGACACCUACUCCCGGCGACACUCAGCAACCGCCACCGCCAGCGUUAACUCCUCAAAUGACUCCUACAACCGAAGAAGUAAAACUAAAAGAUCAAUCAGCAACAAUGAACAAUCAGAGCAAUUCAACGCCGAACUCAACAGCGAAUCCGACCUCACAGAAUGCGAAUCCAGAGCCGAAUACGAUGGAUACUCUGAGAGAGAUUCAAUCCGAAAAGAAGGACCCAAGCCAAGAAACACCGGCGAACAAUCAAAUGACGCCGGGAAAUCCUUCUACUCCAACAAGUGUUAAUCAAGUACGACCGAAUAGCUUUCCUGAAAAUCACGACAUGAUUCAGAAUAUGAUCGAUCAACAGAAAAUGAACCCUCUGCAACAACCACCAGCGUCAAUGCACCAACCAAUGCAUCCUCAACAACCUCAACAUCCUGGGCACCAUCAGCAGCCUGGACAUCAUCCAGGAAUGCAUCCCGGCAUGCAUCCAAACAUGCAACGCUUUCCCUACAACGGUCACGGUCCACCCGGUUAUCAUCCAGGGAUGCCACGAGGUCCUGCCGGCCAAAUGCCUUACAAUGCUCACAUGAUGCACCAGAUGCGCCACAGAAUGCCUCCUGGAGCAUAUGAGCAAAUGGCGCAAAUGCGUCUCCCUUACGGCCAGAAUCCAAUGAUGAGACCGCACAUGAUGCGCUUCCCUAACCGAGGAAUGAUGCCGAACUCGAACCAAAUGCCCUACUCAGAACAGUUGCGACAGCAGGCGGCGAUGUACUCGAAUCCUCAGCAGGGACCUCCAGGAAUGAACUUUCCAAACGGACCCCAGAGUGACAACAGACACCCUUACAGUGCUCCACAAGAGAAUGGCGGAUUCGGAAACCAUCCGCAAGGAAUGCCGAAUCAUCCAGGUCAAGCGAUGCCAAAUGGAAUGGGAAUGAACAACUAUCCAUCUUCGUACAGCCCCAGUGCGCAGCAUCAAGGGCAACCCCGAGGAAUGAUGUCCCCAAGUCCUAUCACGCAAAAUCCUCACAUGGGUCAAAGCGGUCCGCAGACGACCCCGAUGAACGUACCUGGUCCACCUGGAACUCCAUCGGCGCCACAAAAUCCUGCCAUCGAUUCGCCUUAUCCCAAUCAAGCUAAAAGUCCUGCCAAUUCGCUCGUCAACGGACCAAUUCAUUCGCCUUCGCCAAGCCAGGGUGGAACACCAUCGAUCCCCCCGUCAGUCCCCGAAAUGCACCCUUCGACACCACAAGGCAUGCCUCUUUCGCCAGCCCAUACCAACCCUAUGACUCCGGUUUCCGUCCCGCCGCAGGCUCCGCAUACACCCGGCGCUCCGAUGACUCCUGGUGAUCCGAAUAGCUUCGCUGGAACUCCCAAUCAAGCGCCACAGACGCCAGGCGGUACUGCUAUCCCGCAUGGUCAACCAAUGACGCCAGGAAAUCCGACAACACCGGGAAUGCCAGUAGAGAACAUGGACAACAACAGCACACCCGUCGUUUCUCAAGUGAUGCCAUGUUCGCCGAUGACUCCACAGGGGCAGCAGGGUCCGUUUUCGCCGCAUAAUCAUCCGCAAAAUAGACUCUUGCCCGACUCGUCGGAUAUUUCAUCCUUCCUUCAAGAGCCUCAAAAGAAUCCAUCGAUUCCGCCCAUGUCAAUGGGAAUGUCGAUGCCGCCACAACAACACGGCUAUCAUGGAUUCCCUGGUCCUAGACAAAUGCACCCUGGUAUGGGAGGAAUGAAUCACCCCGGAAUGUCAAUGGGCAACCGAAUGAUGGGCAUGAAUCCACCGAUGAUGACCAAUCAAGGGAUGAGUGGCCACCACGGCUAUGGCCAGGGUGGCUAUCCAAGUUGGCGACAACCAUACCAUUGA